CGCAGGCUGGACUGCGCUGCCGCACACAGCGCCACAAACUAUCAAAGUAGUAACACACUGCCGAAACGUGCAAUGGCCAAGAAGUAGGGUUAACGGGCAUAGAUGGUAAACCUAGUCUUAGUCGUCGCUGAGGGGAUUAUUUGUUUUUUCUUCCUGGAGGUGUGAUAUCGCAGCCAUGGUGUGCUGUCAGACUCCCAGAAGUUUACGAAGGGUCGACUGGGGCUUCGCUCCUCUGCUGGCUGCUGCGCUGCUCAGUCUUCUGUUCGCAGGGAUGCAACAAACCACAGCGUUUCCCUCCUGGAGGUUAGAGGAAGAAGCUCACACCACUGUGUUGCUCAUGGGGAUCCGCAAAGAGGCCCGGUCGCAAGUCCUUCACCUCUCCAGGAACAAGCGCUACACCCUCACUCCUGAGCAGCUCAAAUGGGACAAGUUUAAGCUAACAUACAAGUUGCUCUCCUUCCCAACAAACUUGAUAAAUGCCAGCGACACUCGUCGAGGCAUUGCCAAGGCUUUUGGCAUGUGGAGCGACGUCUCGCCGUUCAGCUUCAGAGAGGUGCCAGCUGACCAAGAAGCAGACAUUAAGAUCGGCUUCUACCCCGUCAACCACACAGACUGUCUGCAGUCCCACUUGCACCAUUGUUUCGACGGCAUCACAGGAGAAUUGGCUCAUGCAUUCUUCCCGCCAACAGGCGAGAUCCACUUUGACAACGACGAAUACUGGAUUCUUGGAAACAUGCGCUUCAGCUGGAAGAAAGGGGUUUGGCUGACGGAUCUUGUCCAUGUGGCAACUCAUGAAAUUGGCCACGUCCUGGGACUCAUGCACUCCAUGGACCCAAAAGCUAUAAUGCACCUGAAUGCAACUCUGACAGGCCGCAAGCUAAUCACACAGGACGAGGUGUGGGGUUUACACCGUCUCUACGGAUGUUUGGACCGGUUAUUUAUCUGUCCAGCCUGGGCUCGGAAAGGCUAUUGCGACAGCAAGCGCAAGCUGAUGCAGAAGCACUGCCCCUCCAGCUGUGAUUUCUGUUACGAAUUCCCUUUCCCCACUGUGGCUCCCACACCGACUCCCCCAAGGACCAAACACAAGCUGGUCAUUGAAGGCAAGAAGCUCACUUUUCGUUGUGGGAAGAAAAUAGCGUCAAAGAAAGGCAAAGUAUACUGGUACAAGGACGGGGAGCUGCUGGAGUUCUCUCAGCCGAACUACAUCUCCUUGAAAGAUGACCACAUCACUAUAGUGGCCAAUGCCAUCAAUGAAGGCACAUACACCUGCAUCGUGAAGAAAAAAGAGAAAGUUCUCACUAACUACUCGUGGAGGGUACGUGUGCGCUUCUGAAGGCUGCGCCCUCUCCUCUGCACAUUGAACAGGACACAAUCACACACACGGUCACCAGGAGACCUCAAUUCACUAGGGCACAUAUUUUUUUUUUCUUAAUGUCUUUCCUGUAUCCUCCACACACAAAUGUCUAUCCUCGAUUGUCAUUGUGUAAAUGCGUUUUCAUAUGUGCAAAUAAUAAAUGUUCCGUGACAAGUAGUAUUUUUGUGAAAAUACUACCUGACUGUGAAAAGCUGUUCAUGACAGACGUUCCGGUUUGUAUUUUAUUUGGUGAUGAAAAAUCCUUGCAGCCCUCGUCAGCUGUUUGGGACGAUGUCCACUCUGGAUUCAUAGAGCCUGGACUUCUUCAAAGCUCUUGCUGCUACAGCAGUAAUGGGGUCCAAGGCCACCCAGGGCUUCUUGGGGUGUCCCCAGAAAAAUGGAGACCAAUUAGCUGGAUCGUGCUAGACUUAAAUUAAAAAGACAUUAGCACAGUUGGAGAAUUCUCUAUUGGAUAGUGCAAACUCUUAUAGGCCCCAUGGAAAAAAACUUCAUCCAAAAAAUAUCCAUGUCCCUAAUGUGUUUCUUUUCAGGGGCCUGAAAAAAAAAAGAAAGUUACAGAAGCCCUUGCUUAGAUGUAUGCCAUUUGAAUAAUUUACACACUGACCAAACUAAGCUAAUAAAGCCAGAAUAAGCAAUGUUGUCUACAGCCUUUGGAACUAUUUGGACCUUAAACCGCAUAUGGAACACCUCAGACGUCUAGCUUGCUUUACUAGCCUCACAGUGAAGCCAGCAGUCUGUCUCCAGAGACCGAGCAGUCAGUUCCACUAGCAGCUCUCCGUCCAAGCUUAUUCAACACAUCAGGUGUAAUAAUCUGCAGAAGGGCUCCGGUGGGGGCAGGGGAUAGAUAAAACUGAUUAAUGAACAUUUCCAUUCAGUGCUGGCUCUAGAAGUCCCAAGACGAGGGGAUUUUUCUGCGCGUGUUCCAGCGAAAGCAGCAAGCGGUCUUGCAGGCAACGAAACUGUACUGUUUAUUUUUCUUCGGCUCAAAAUCAAAGAAUUUAUUGGUUUAAUACUGAAGUCGCAGAGCCAUUUAAAAACAAAGGCAGAGUGAAGUCUGGGCCUCUUUUCCCUCUGAAAGAACAAAGUACUGAGACAAAGUGUGCAGUGCAAAGAAUGACAUCACUUUUGGACACCGACUACCAAGUUGGGUUCAAGGCUGGAUUUUUUUUUUUUUUUUUUUUUUAAAGGCUCGACUUCCCUUCAUUUC